AUGUCUCUCAAAGUGGUCGACGUUCGUUUCGAGCAUUAUCGUCACCCCAAUACUCUUGGCGUUCACGAAAACAAACCGCGCAUCUCAUGGCGCUUUCAAGAUGCACCACCGGGUUUUGAGCAAGAGGCCUAUGAGAUACAGGUCAACCAGGUCUUUGGACAACAGAAACAUCAUGUUUGUACUGUUGAGACUAGAUCAUCCAAGUCUUACUUGGUUACUUGGCCUGGGAACCCGCUUGUGUCCCGUCAGAGAUAUACAGUCUCAGUCAGAGUUAAGGCAAAGGGACAGACUGCGUUCACUGAAUGGAGUGACGAUGCCUGGUUAGAGACAGGUAUCUUGGAACGAAGUGGCUGGAAAGGCAGCUUCAUUUCAGCUCUAUGGUCAGAGAAAGACAAUGACAAGCCCAAACCAGAAGACCUCUUUCGCAAGACCUUCUCAUUGAGUGGAAAGGUGCAAUCAGCAAGACUGUACAUCACAGCUCGAGGUGUAUACGAAGCCGAGAUCAACGGACAACGCGUCGGUGAUCACUUCUUGGCACCAGGUUGGACUUGCUAUGAUGACCGGUUGACCUAUCAAACUUACGAUGUCACUGAUUCCAUCAACGACAAAGACAAUUGCCUGGGUGUCCGUCUGGCAGAAGGAUGGUUCACCGGCCGACUAAGCUUUGAUGGUGGUCGAAGAAAUAUCUAUGGUACUCGAACAAGUGUACUGGCUCAGCUUGAGCUUCGUCUCGACGAUGGAUCCACUCAGAUUAUCACGACAGAUAAUGAGUGGACCGUAACUCAGGGUCCCAUUCGCCAAGCAGAACUUUACGACGGAGAGAAGUACGACAGCACUCUCGAGAUACCAGGGUGGUCUUCCCCUGGUGAUAUCAAUGGCACUUGGGAGAAGGUGGAGGAAGUACCAUUCAUCUCAGAGGGAAUUGAUCUUACCGCUGCUACUGCCGAGCCAGUUCGUCGCACCGAAACCGUCCAGCCUGUUGAGAAAAUCAUCACUCCGACAGGAAAGACUAUUAUCGACUUUGGUCAGAAUCUCGUCGGGUAUGUCCGUAUCAAGCAGAUCAAAGGCCCCCGUGGACACAAAGUCACCUUGCGACACGCCGAAGUUCUCGAGAAUGGAGAAUUGGGCACAAGGCCUCUGCGGCUAUGUGCUGCUACCGACAUCUACACACUCAGAGGUGAUGCAGAACCAGAGAGCUAUGAGCCAAGGUUCACCUAUCAUGGCUUUCGCUAUCUCGAAAUCGAGGACUGGCCUUGGCCUGAAAAGCAUGUCACAGACGCAGUUGAGGCCGUGGUUUGCCACACAGAUAUGGAAGAACAGGGCCAAUUUGCAUGUUCAAACGACAAACUCAACAAGCUCUUUAGCAAUGUUCGCUGGAGUAUGAGAGAUAACUUUCUCUCGAUACCCACAGAUUGCCCCCAACGAGAUGAACGUCUCGGAUGGACAGGAGACUUGGCAUUAUUCGCACCAACAGCCAAUUUCAUCUAUGGUUGUUAUCCGAUCCUGAAAGACUGGCUCAAGGGUGUUUCAUUUGACCAGAAACAACGAGGAGGAAUUCCUCCAAUGGUCUCGCCCAAUGUCCUUGACAAGUGCAGAAUCUGGGGUCCUAUCUGGCCUUGUGCGAUUUGGCAUGAUGUUGUUGUUCUGGCACCGUGGGCUUUGUAUCAGGAGACAGCGGAUUCGUCAAUUCUAUUUGACCAGUUUGAGUCAAUGGAGACAUGGUUGAGGGUUAUUCCUAGGAAUAAAGAUGGAUCUACUCACCUUUGGUCAUUUGAUGCGGAUCAACUUGCGGACUGGCUUGAUCCGAAUGCGCCACCAGACGAUGCUGCCAAAGCUACAACUGAUCCUCCAUUAGUUGCCAAUGCAUUUCUGAUACAUUGCCUCGACAUAAUGGGGCAGGUAUGCAGUGUGUUGGGAAAGGCAGAGAGCAGCUCUUAUUACAAAAUAUGGGCCGGAAAGGCUCGCGUCGAGUUCACACAAGAAUAUGCUUCACCGAAUGGCCGUCUAGUAUCAGAUACUCAGACCGCUUAUGCUCUCGCCAUCUGCUUCAAUCUACUCAAUGAACAACAGCUAUCACGUGCGGGCUCACGACUGGCAGACAUUGUCAAACGAAACGGCUUCCGAAUAGGCACUGGCUUCGCUGGAACGCCAUAUGUUUGCGAAGCCCUCACCAAAACAGGCCACAGCAAUGUAGCUUACGCGAUGCUCCUCAACGAAAAGUGUCCGUCUUGGCUGUAUGCUAUUUCCAUGGGUGGAACAACUACCUGGGAACGAUGGGAUAGCAUGCUCCCAGAUGGAUCAAUCAACCCUGGCGAGAUGACCAGUUUCAAUCACUACGCUUAUGGAGCAGUAGCCAAGUUCAUGGUCGAAAGACUUGCUGGGCUUCAACAGGUUGAGGCUGGAUGGAAGAAGUCUAGGGUGCAGCCAGAAAUCGUUGGUGAUUUUACGUGGGCUUCUGCAUCGCAUCUCACACCUUUUGGAAAGGUAUCGAGUUCGUGGAAGUUGGAGAAGGAUGUGCUGUAUGUGGAUGUCGAGGUACCAACUGGUACGACAAUGGAAGUUGUGCUACCUGAUGGAGAGAACGGCAAGACGGAGAAUGUUGGCUCUGGGAAAUGGUCUUUCAAGGCGGAUUAUAAGAAAUGCGAUGAGUGGCCAGUGAAGGAGACCAAGUUUAUAUUGCAGGAGAUAUUCGAGGGGUUUGAGAAGGAGGAAGGUCGUUAG